CCGUUCUUUAAACCCUCGAGAAAAACACAAAGGAAAGAACAGUUUUUCCGUUCCGCCGCUCGAAUCCGCCGCCAACGCCGCCGCUCCCCAAUUCGUCUUCGAGGAUGGGCGGCAAGGGAGGGAAGGGCCUGAUCGCGGCGAAGACGGCCGUUGCUAAGGACAAGGACAAGAAGCUCCCCGUCUCCCGCUCCUCGCGCGCCGGCCUUCAGUUCCCUGUCGGUCGCAUCCAUCGCCAACUGAAACAGAGGGCCCAAGCAAGCGGCCGCGUGGGAGCAACCGCAGCAGUGUACUCGGCAGCAAUCCUCGAGUACCUGACCGCAGAGGUCCUUGAACUGGCUGGUAAUGCAAGCAAAGAUCUCAAGGUGAAGCGCAUCACGCCCCGUCACCUCCAGCUGGCGAUCCGCGGAGACGAAGAGCUCGAUACCCUCAUCAAGGGCACCAUCGCUGGUGCCGGCGUCAUCCCCCACAUCCACAAGUCACUCAUCAACAAAUCUUCCAAGGAUUGAGAGUAACGUACCGCUACAUCUGCGGUAUCAUCAAUGGUCCUGAUCCCUCUUGCCCGCUGGCUGAAGCAAACAUGGUAUACCUUUCAUCAGACUGGCUUCUGCCGAAUGCUGGUUGCAUUCUGUUGUUCCUUGUUGAUGCUUCCUGCUAGCUUUUCAGGCUUUGCUGGCCCGUUUUGCUGCAAAGCCCAAGGCCCAUGACUAUGCUACAUGGGUCUCCAAACUUUGCCUUGUCAAAUGAAUGUUCUAUUUUCGGUAUAAAAAAAAUGAAUGUUCUAUUCUCAUGUUUAAUUAUAGCAAAUUGUGCACAUUGUCA